AUGCCUGAGGUGUCGAGCUGGGCGAAUUUAACUUUAGAGAGUGUCAUGGACGAGCUCGCCGGCGGUGGUGGCAUGCUAGAGCGCGCGACAGCAUGUCUCAAAGUCGGAGCCCGAGACUCUGUUCAUUGCGCGCAGCGGGCCCCGCGGAGCAAGCGCCAGUUGCAUUCGACUUUCUGGAACCAUGGAGCUGCCGACAUCGAGCUCCCACCCUGGGCUGUGGGAACAUAUUCGGCGAAUGACAAGGUUGCGAGGCACGAUAACAGGAGACGACAGAGCAGAAGUACGAGUUUGUUGAAAGAUCCGGACCAAAGGACACAAGUGCCAAAUCCACAAAGCAACGGCAUCUACUUGGAGUUUUUGUACCCGCCGCAGGCUUUGGCUUGGAUGCAGAGGACGAAUGUACAGGCUCGCGAGAGGUGGGAGAAGGGAAAGGCAAGGAGGCUUCCGGAUGGAUUUCUCCAGGCUUCGAGAGGAUUUUCUUCCAGUCGUCCAGCUCGGGAUGUUGAACCAAAAGGAUCUUCAGUGGAAGAGUCCUUCGGAUCUCGCCCGAUAAGCGGUCUCGGCGAGGCUUCUGCUAGAGACGCCACGCCCUCCGUUGAAAGCGCCACGAACAGGCCUGGCAAUACUCGCCAAAUGGUCAGCGAGUUGAACAGCCAGCCCUUGGAGAGUCAAUACGAACUAGCUCGAUCCGAGAUCCCCAUACUUGGGAUCAGAGACGUUGUUGAGGUCACCCCUGACGAUCCAGGAGAUACCAUCGUGCCUCCAGAGCACGAGUUUACACCCGUCCACAACCCUCUCGAAAUUCUACGACGUUCCAUCGGCGGUCGACCGAACAGCGUUCACGCACGGGAUGUCCGGCGUAUCUGGUUCUUGUAUCAGUCUCUCGAUCAGUCGGCCAAAGACGACUCCAGGCUGAAACAUGAGUUGCUAUUGUACAUGGCCAGACUGAGGGACGACACCGCAGCAUCUCAUACAGUCACGCUCUUCUAUGCACUUCCAACUGAAGCACGAUCUUUGUCAGACUACGAGGCUGCCAUCGUCGUACAUUUGCGGAGCGGAGACUAUGAUGCCGCCUUUCAGGUGCACCGACAAGCUUUACAAAACAUUCCGAAUGGAUACCAGAUCACAAGAGGUUUCUUUCAAUACGCGAUGCGAGAUCGCGCAUGGCAGCAUGCUGUGACCAUCAAGGAAGACCACGAUGAAAUUUUGUCAGAUUCAGCAUCGGCGAACAAGAAGGAACUUUUCUGGUUGCACGUCAUGGAAGUUCCGGACCUGAUCACCAAAGCUUUCCUGUUUGCAGCCUAUUGUAGUCGGCUUGAAACCAAGGAGGCUGAAGGGGACAUGAUGAGUGACCCAAGAAUCGGCCAAGGCCGGAUGCCAUCCUUGGAGCAAUCCCGGGCUACUUGCACCAGGCUGUGUCAGGAAGCCAUGCGCAAGGUGUUGCCAACACCUUAUAGAGGUGAUGACGAUCCGCAAAAGACAAAGAUUUACCGUGCUCUGGACCACAUCAGGAAGUGGGACGUUGAAGCUCCACGCCUAUUUCUCGAGUACCUCGAGGAUCUCCUCCGCCGCUUUCAACGACCUAUCCAUUACAAAGGUGUCCACCUGCUUGUCUCAUAUAUGUACAGCAGCUAUCGAGAGAUUCCAGGCGUCAAACCUCCGCAGAAGCUCUUGGAAACGCUUCUUGCGCGCUUGCUUGAACUUGCGCAGACCACUCGAGACCCCAAGUAUACGACCAAGAACAUCACGUACGAACUCAUCGCUGCAGACUUCAAGCUUUACCACGGGAGGCUUAGCGGCUCGGCAGCGCGGCUACUCAUGACUUCGCACGCGCGACUCGGGGCCCUUGAAGAAGUGCGCAAGGACUUCGCCUAUCUCCAGGAGCAAUACCCUCUGUACGCAGACCGGGAAGAUGCACUGUGGGCUUUGAUCUAUGUUCAUGCUCGACGUGGAGAAUGGGCCCAGGCGCGAGAUGCGUUCGAGGAAGUACAGCAGAUGGCUGCGGCACACGGCGCAAAGACGCAGUUGAAGUGGUGGAACGUGCUGCUCCAUGCAUACUCCCGUGCCAACAAAAUUCGCGCUUCUCUGGAACUUCUUGAAAGGCUGAUUGUCGAGACGGAUCUCAUCCCCGAGGUCCAAACAUUCCAUCCAGUAUUGGAGCUUCUCGCUCUUCGUGGCGAUGUCGACGGCAUCGAAAACCUGUUUGAGCAAUUUGAGAAACUCAAUGGAGGUCCCCAUCAAACAUCCUUUGUCGGAAGCUACAUGCGGGCCCUCAUCCGCUCGGGUGAGAUUGAAGAAGCGGAGCAAGUGCUGCGAAAAGCAGUCCCAGAUGUCCGCGCUCAUAAAAUUACGGGUUCUCUCACCACAUGCUUCAAUAUCUUGCUUGUUGCAUACGCCCGCCAGAGGAAUAUCGAAGCGACCAUGCAAACUUACCGCUGGAUGAAGGAGGAACGAAUCAGGCUGGAUGCUCAAACCUUCAGUGCGCUCAUGCUCGCUCUGGUCGUGUAUCGUCAGCCAGACUCCGCUGUGACUAUCAUGAACAAUACUAUGUGGUCGGAGAACCUGAGGCCUACUGCCAUACAUUACGCUAUUGCCAUGCAUGGCUUCAUCCAGACGCGGCGAUUUCCAAAGGCGAUUUCGCUUCACAAGACCAUGCUGAACAAGCAGGUCAAGCCUUCGCUCGCCACACGACGGCUUUAUCUUCAAGCCAAAGCGCGGUUGGAAGCCAGAUCUCCAACCAGGUACACCUCGGAUCGAACGCCGUUGCCUCUUUCCGAUGUCAUAGCGGAGCUGCGCGAUGCCGUGGGCGAGGCUGACAGAGCCGACAUGGCCAACAAGGAUCCUUUCUUCAACCCAGGAGGCGGAGAAGAUGUCCUGUCAAGUUUUGCGUCCAUUAUUCGCAUCCACGGUGAUCGAAGUUGCGUCGAAGCUGUCAAGCAGCUGCUUGCCAUGUACAAAGACGCCGCCAAGGACACCAACGACGAGCCCUUGCCGAUGCGCAUCAUCUCUGCGCUCAUGAACGCCCAUUUCGAAGCAGGCAAUCACGAUGCGGUUCGUGAGUAUUGGAACCUGGCAAGGGCGGAGGCAGAUCGAACUGCUCCUCGGGUAUCUUUGCCGGACUUCACUCUGUUGGCGACUCUAGAGGAUCCUCUGGGUUCAGUCACCGUAUCAGAAGAGAACGCGCAUUCGACUUCCGAUCACGAAGACAUCAGCGCCGAGAUCGGCUUCUCCGCUCAAGCUCGACCCGCUCCCCCGGCCCCCACACCAGCAAAGACCACAGCAGUGGCCAAACCCUCUGCUCCCUCACCCGGUCUCGACCACAUUCUCUCCACGCCGCUCGCAUACCGAAUGCGCUCCCUUUCCGAGCGCAACCGCAUCAUGGAUAUCCUCGACACCUUCACCUCUCUCGUCCGCCAAGGUUACGUCUUCGACAUCAUCGCCUGGAACACCCUCAUCCAAGCCCUCUGCACAGCCCAACCACCUCUCGUCCUACUCGCCUUCACUUUGACCGAGCGCUAUCUAAUCGACCAAUUUCCCGGCUGGACAACCUCCAAAGGAGCGCGCAACUACGCCCCUCGUCCAGAGCCGAAGAGAAGUGGUUUGCAGUACAUCAAGGGCAGGUAUCUUCCUUUCGACGUUAUCGCUCCGCAGUACAAGACUAUAGUUCACCUGGCGUCGGCGCUGACGAGGCUGAAGAGGAUUGAGACGAUGGGUGGUGUGAGGCAGGGGUCGGAUGUGGCGAGGUUUGUGGGGAAUAUGAAGAGGGUGGAGGAGAGUGCGCCGAGGACGCUGAGGGCAGUGGAGACGCUGCCGAUUGUGCCGUCGGAUCGGUUGCAGCAGAGGUUGUUGGGGCGGCAGGAGGGGUCGAGGGGGGAGAUGUAUACUUAG